AUUUUAAUGUUAUUUAAGUCUGGUCACACGGCUUCAGUUGUUUGAUAAUCGAGUGGCAGUGCGGAGUCGUCGCCAAAACCGCUGCACCUGAAACUUUCGCACCCCCAACAACAAUUAGAGCGAAAGAGCCACAGCACAUAUAGAAAGAGAGCGAAACAGUAAGACAGAGCAAUAGAGAGAGAGAGAGAGUGCGCGCUUGUAAAGCGACGAUGAGAUCAGAGACAACAGCAUUCACAUCAACACCCGCCGCACCCGCACCCGCACCUGCACCCGCACACCGCAAGACCCGUAGAGCAAUGAUGCAGCAGCAGCAGCUGUUGCAUGUGGCACUGCUGUGCAUCCUGGCCAGCAUAGCGACACAUUGGCCAGCGGCACUGGGCCAACAACAAUCGGCGGGAGCACAGACGCUCGCCAGCCAAGGAUCACAACAGUCGCCGGCCAAACUGGAGCAGAAUCCGUGCGUGAAUAAGGUGACCUGCCAUGAGUGCAUACAGACACAGAAUUGUGGCUGGUGCAUGAAGCCCGAUUAUGGGGAUCGGCCGCGUUGUUUUUUGCACACGCCCAAGGCGGAAGUAUGUCCGGAGCAAUUCAUUUGGAAUCCGGACACAUCGGAGCGCAUAUUGAUUAACAAAGAUCUGACAUUGGCCAGCGGCGGUGCCGCUUGGGCGGGCGGUCAAUACGUGUCGGGUGGUUCCUACGAGAGCAGUGCACAUGGCCAAAGCUCCUCGUCUGGCUCUUAUGGUGCCUCCGGCUCCAGUUCAAGCUACGGCGCCAGCUCCAGUUCCGGCUCCAGUUCCGGCUCUAGCUCCGGUUUCAGUUCCAGUUCCGGCGCCGCCGGCUCAGCAGCAGUCGGCGGUGCAGCUGCCGCUGGCGAAAUUGUCCAGAUAAAGCCGCAACGUGUUAGCCUCAAGCUGCGCAUCAAUGAGGUGCACAAUCUGGAUGUGAGCUACUCACAGGCCGAGGACUAUCCCGUUGAUCUCUACUACUUGAUGGAUUUGUCCAAAUCUAUGGAGGACGACAAAGAGAAAUUGUCCGCCCUGGGCGACAAACUCUCCGAGACAAUGAAGCGCAUCACAUCCAACUUCCGCUUGGGCUUCGGCUCGUUUGUGGACAAGGUGCUGAUGCCCUACGUGUCCACCAUACCCAAAAACCUGGAGGAGCCAUGCCCCAAAUGCGAUGCUCCCUACGGCUAUCGUAACAUCAUGGGCUUGAGCAUGGACACAUAUAGAUUCUCUAACGAGGUGAAACAGGCUGCUGUCUCUGGCAAUUUGGAUGCACCCGAAGGCGGCUUCGAUGCCAUCAUGCAGGCGAUUGCCUGUCGCCAACAGGUCGGCUGGCGGGAGCAGGCCCGUCGCCUGCUUGUCUUCUCGACGGAUGCGGGCUUCCAUUAUGCCGGCGAUGGUAAAUUGGGCGGUGUUAUAACGCCCAACGAUGGCGAAUGCCAUUUGAAUGGACAGGGCAUGUACACGCAUUCGAUCAUACAGGAUUAUCCGAGCAUAUCGCAAAUUAACCAGAAGGUCAAACAGAAUGCGAUCAACAUUAUCUUUGCCGUCACACAGAACCAGUAUUCCGUCUAUCAGAAGCUGUCCGGACACAUUGAGGGCUCAUCCAGCGCCAUUUUGUCCAAUGAUUCGUCCAAUGUGGUCGAUCUGGUGCGCGAGGAAUAUAGCAAAAUCUCUUCGUCGGUGGAGAUGAAGGACAAUGCCAUGGGCGAUGUUAAGAUCACUUACUUGUCCAGCUGUCUGACCAAUGGACCACAGAUUAAAACGAACAAGUGCAGCGGCCUCAAGGUCGGCGACAAGGUCACCUUCACCGCCCAAAUAACGGUCACCAAAUGCCCGGCCAAUCCACGUGACUGGAAUCAGGUGAUUCAAAUCUAUCCGGUGGGCAUCAAUGAGAGCAUGAUUAUUGACCUGGAGAUGCUGUGCUCGUGCCCCUGCGAGCAUGCCGGCUCCACUGGCUACGAGAUCCACUCGCAGAAAUGCCACAACCACGGCACGUACAUGUGCGGCAUCUGUGAAUGCGAUGAACAGCAUUUUGGCAACACAUGCGAGUGCUCCAUGUCGGACGUGCACUUGAACAAUGUCAACGAUAAUAUGUGCCGUCCCGGCAACGAUACGAGCGUUGCCGAAUGCAAUGGACGCGGCAGUUGUGUGUGCGGCGCCUGUGAGUGCCAUAAGCGUACCAAUCCCGAGGAGAUCAUCUCCGGCAAAUAUUGUGAAUGCGAGAACUUUAGCUGUGAGCGUAGAAAGAAUUUGCUAUGCUCGGGACCCGAUCACGGCAUCUGCGAGUGCAAUCGCUGUGUAUGCAAACCCGGCUGGACGGGCAACAGCUGCGACUGCCAGACGUCGAAGGACACGUGCAUGCCGCCGAAUGGCGGCGAGAUCUGUUCGGGUCAUGGCACCUGCGAGUGCGGCGUCUGCAAAUGCAAGUCGACGGACGAUGGCCGCUAUUCGGGCAAAUACUGUGACAAAUGCCCCACAUGCUCGGGCCGUUGUCACGAGCUCAAGGACUGCGUCCAGUGUCAAAUGUAUCACACGGGCGAGCUAAAGAAUGGCGAUGAUUGUGCCAAAAACUGUACAACAUUCACGCCCGUUGGCGUCGAGAAGGUCAAAAUCGAUGAGCACAAGGAUGAGCAGCUAUGCGUCUUCUUCGAUGAGGACGAUUGCAAAUUUACGUUCAAAUAUAGCGAAGUGGGCGAACUGGUUGUGCAUGCCCAGGAGGAGAAGGAAUGCCCGCCCAAGGUCUUCAUGCUGGGCAUUGUCCUGGGCGUCAUUGCGGCCAUUGUCCUGAUCGGCCUGGCCAUAUUGCUGCUCUGGAAGCUGCUCACCACCAUACACGAUCGUCGCGAGUUCGCGCGCUUCGAGAAGGAGCGCAUGAACGCCAAGUGGGACACGGGCGAGAAUCCUAUAUACAAACAGGCCACAUCCACCUUCAAGAAUCCCAUCUAUGCGGGCAAAUAAUUCGCAGCAACAGUUGCCCAUUGUUUUCUUUAGUGAAAUUUGCCAUUCAACAACUGACUGUCCUUUUAUUAACUCCAGCCCCUCCCCAAACCACAUCCCCGAGCCCUCCAGCCACACAAAUGAAGCAGCUUCUACAAAACGGUGCGCGUGCAACAUUUAACAUGAAACAAACAACAAAAACAAAAACAAAAUGCUUGAAACAAAAGUCAAACUGCCAUUGAAACGCGUUCAUAACUAAGUCAAUGUUUUAUAUAAACUAUAUAUAUGUAUAUAUCUAUAUAUACACACACAGCAAACGAAUUGUGCCUUGCAAUAUAUAUUUAUUUAUAUAUAUACCAUACAUUUUAGAUUCUAUAUAUAUGUACUUGUAUGUACGUGGUAUACAACAACAACAACAACAACAGGAAAAGCUUCCAUUGCAAAACAGCCAAAACAAACAACAAAAUUUUGAACGCACAAACAACAACAAUUAAUCCACGCAUCAACUAAACAAAGAACGCAGCAAACGAUCUACAAACAACACUUAAAAGCCUUUUGGUACACCCAGCUGUGCCCCUGUUACUUAUAUGUCAACUAAAAUCAACGAACGAUCCAUUUGUUAUAUUUCAUCUAUGUGCGCCUCAAUUGCAGAGUUUCAAGAACGAAACUAUUCAAAAGCAAAUCAAUAACAAUUGUUAAGCAAAGUCACAUGAAUUGUUUUUGGAAUGAUGCCUUGCGUGCAGCACAUUAUGAAAUUAUAAUACUUAAUAUUAUUAUUUCUUUUAAUUUCGUAACUUAAGUAUUUGGCAAAAGUUGCGCCCGGCAACGCCUUUUCGGAUCGCCUAAUUUAUUAAUGUCCAUGCAAUCUAGCAAUUUAUUUAUUAGCUAAACGAUCCAAAAAAAAUUAAAACAAAACAAAAAACUGAAUUUAUGCCAAUUUCAAAAAAAAAAAAAAAAAAAAAACCAACACUAAAAAAACAAACUGAUUUUGUUAACUUUUAUGGACUCACGCCCAAUUUUUGUUUGCCGUCAAUUCUUUCGUGUUUCUUAUAUGUAUGUUUAUUAUUUUUUUUUAUAUAUUAUUAUUUUAAAUCUAACUUUACAAUUAAUAUUUAAGCGUAUUAACAUUUAAGCUUGUAAUUGUUAAUUUUAUAUGACAAACAAAAAGAAACAAACAAAUUGUGCCCCGAUUUUUAUUUAUGAACCGUCGAGAGGUUCGAGUUUCUUUUUAGGAAUCGUGUAUUUUUCAAGUUUUUGAUCAUUAAUAGUAUAUUAAUGCUACGAUAAUUAAAUAUAAAACAAGAAGGAAAAAAAAACAACAUAUUUUUGCGAUUUGUACUGAUUACUGAUUAACAACAACAACAAAAUGAUGAAUGUAUUUGAGUGUAUAAAAAAAAAAGAAAGAAAAGAGUAAAUAAUUGUUUAUAAAUACAAGGUGGAAACACUGGCAAUUUUAUUGAAAUAUAAAAUAAUAAACAUAUAAUAAAAACUGUU